CUCCUCCAUCCUCCUUCCAUCAAUUCGAUUUCAUCCAAUUUGUCAGUGAAUUCUGACUUCAGGCACUCCUAGUGCCACUCCCAACGGCUAUGGCCACCACCACCUCGUCGAUCGCCAGUUCCCCGACCGUCCCGCCGCAGGGUGGCAUCCUCGAAGGUGGAAAUCCGUCCCACUAUGACCCCAAGAACCCCAUUGUUAUUUUCAUCAUUCAGGCUUCUAUCAUCAUUAUUCUAUGUCGCCUGAUUCACUGGCCGCUUUCCAAGCUCCGACAGCCGCGCGUGAUUGCAGAGGUCAUUGCUGGUAUCGUCUUGGGUCCAUCGAUAAUGGGACGGAUUCCAGGGUUUACAGAUGCAAUCUUCCCUGCUGCAUCUAUUCCCAACCUGACUCUUGUCGCCAACCUGGGUCUCGUGCUUUUUCUGUUCCUCGUCGGCCUCGAGACCGACUUGCGUUUUCUCGUCAGUAACUGGCGCGUAGCGGCGAGUGUCUCCGCUGCGGGGAUGAUUCUGCCCUUUGGUUUGGGUUCCGCUAUCUCGUAUGGUCUCUAUCACACCUUCCGAACGGAGCCUGGAAUGGUUCAUAUUGAUUUCGGCACUUAUCUGCUUUUUAUCGGCAUUGCCAUGGCGAUCACGGCUUUCCCGGUCUUGUGCCGUAUCUUGACCGAAUUAAAACUCCUCGGUACAAAUGUUGGUGUCAUUGUACUGUCUGCCGGUGUAGGCAAUGACGUUGUUGGCUGGAUCUUACUCGCCCUUUGCGUCGCUCUUGUCAAUGCAGGAAGCGGCAUUACGGCCCUCUGGGUGUUACUCGUCGCAGCCGGCUAUAUCGCCUUUCUGGCCCUCGUAUUCCGCCCAUUGUUCAUGCGCUUCCUUAACAAGACCGGAAGCUUGCAAAAAGGACCCAGUCAAUCCGUUGUGACAAUCACCAUUCUCAUAGCUCUGGCCUCGGCAUUUUUCACUCAAAUCAUUGGAAUACACGCUAUCUUUGGAGGAUUCAUCGUUGGAUUGUUAUGUCCCCACGAGGGUGGUUUCGCUAUCAAGUUGACCGAGAAGAUUGAAGACUUGGUUGCUGUCCUGUUCCUUCCGUUAUAUUUCACUCUUUCUGGACUCUCCACCAAUCUCGGUCUGCUCGAUUCCGGUACCGUCUGGGGGUAUGUCAUCGGCGUUAUUGCCAUUGCCUUCCUCGCCAAGGUGGCAGGAGGCGCUCUAGCCUCGAGACUUUGUGGCCUGCUCUGGCGGGAGAGUUUCUCCAUUGGCGUUUUGAUGAGUUGCAAGGGCCUGGUUGAGCUGAUUGUCUUGAACAUUGGUCUUCAAGCGCGCAUCCUUAACACCCGCACAUUCACAAUUUUCGUUGUCAUGGCCCUCGUGACAACCUUUGCAACCACCCCUUUGACCAGCCUCUUGUAUCCGAAAUGGUAUCAGAUCAAGGUGGAGCGCUGGCGUCGUGGGGAAAUCGACUGGAAUGGACGUCCGCUCCAGGCCGAUGGACGUCAGGACAGUGUUGCUGCUGCGAAAGAGCAGCUCAAAAGUGCACCGGUCCGCAAGAUGCUCGUUUAUCUGCGCCUGGACGGGCUUUCCAGCAUUUGUACCUUGGCUGCACUGCUGGGCCCCAAUCGACCCGCCACGCCGGAAUCCCCAAAGCUGCAUCCAACCAAGGUCAAGGAAGCUCUGUCAUCUCCGGAACCAGCAGUGGAAGAGUGCGCCGAGACCGAAGUCCAGCCGGAGCCUGCGCUGCAAGUCCACGGCGUCCGGCUGAUGGAACUCACGGAUCGAGACUCUAGUGUCAUGAAGGUCUCUGAAAUUGACGAGUACACGCUGUGGGAUCCUGUCAUCAACACCUUCCGGGCUUUCGGUCAAUGGCGCGAUAUUGCGAUCAUGGCUGGCGUAUCCGUCGUUCCCGAGCAUUCCUAUGCGGACACCGUCGUGGGGAUGGCUCGCGAAGAAUCCGCGGAUCUUCUGCUAGUCCCAUGGAGUGAAACGGGUGGCAUGAGCGACGUUCAAUCUGGUCUUGGAAUCGACGAGGCCAGUAGAUUUGUCAACGGCCCCUACACCGACUUUGUAUCGAGUGUGCUCUCUAAUACGACGAGCAAUGUGGGCGUCCUCGUCGAGAGGAACAUAUACAGCCGCAGCUCCGGCAAGCAGCGGCCACAACUCACCCGAAAAGCCAGCGCUCUGAGCAUUCGCAGUUCCAUCUGGGGCGGUACUACGGCCGCCCGGUCGCACCAUAUCGUGUUACCGUUCUUUGGCGGUGAUGAUGACCGUUUUGCCUUGAAAUUCCUUCUUCAGCUCGCCCAAAACGACCAGGUCACGGCGACGGUGCUCCACAUUGAUGUCCUUUCCACCCCUUCAGCAAAAUCCGUCUCCAACACCAAAGAUUCCCAAGCGGAGAGCUCAACCGGCCCUUCGACAGUCACAACAACACAGCCCGAGAGCGACGGGACCUUCUUCGCCUCGAUGCGAGAUUCACUCCCGGAUGAGUUCAAGUCUCGCGUCAUCUUCACGCGUCUCACCCCCAAGGCAGACGAGAAUGUGAUUGAAUUUACCAUCAACGCCGUGAAAGAAGAAAUGUCGCAGACAACACCCAAGGCGGGAAACAUCGUCGUGGUGGGAAGACGGCAUAACGGGCUGGACCAGACUUUGACCUUGGCAGCCGUUUCAUCCCCGGACGAGGUCGGACCCGACGCCCGACAGGCCCUUGGUGCUGUUGGCCAGGCGCUGGUCCGGACUGAGAAUAGAAUCGUGGGUAACGUGCUUGUCCUUCAGGCAGGCAUGACGAGCCUGCGGCGGUAAAUAAUGAUCUAUGGCACAUAUGAACUUUGAUUUCACUUUGGGUCUUGUUGAUAUCACCGUAUACGAUCUGCAGAAUCGCACUAAGUUGCCUUCGACUUUAGUAUGUCGAUCGGAAUGCACAUACACGGAGUCCUUAAU